CAGUCCCUUCUGAAUGGAGUGCCUUUAACGUGAGAGUGGAGGACUUAACUUUCAGCACGAAUAUAUCACAGCCAUGCAUUCGGUCCUGGUCGGUGCUUUCCUGACCCUGCUGCUCUGCCUCCCCAGCCCCGGUCAUGGAGAAUCCUACUUUGGGGACAGCUACUGCAGUUUACAAGCCUUCCAAGAUGUCUCCACCUUCCAUCUGUCCCUACAGAUCAAGACGAGUCGGCGAAGUGGGCUGCUGUUAUUGGCUGCGGGAAUGGAGGACUACCUGUUCCUUGAGCUGCAAAAUGGCAAAGUACAGGCACGGAUGAACAUGGGGGCUGGCGAGGUGGCACUAACCUCAUCUCAAGGAGUUCAGCUGAACAAUCUUCUGGACCACAAAGUCUCACUCACACUGCAAGAUGGCAGACUCACCAUGACAAUUGAUGAGCUCUUCCCGACGUACGUUCCUGUGGAUGUCAACGGCGAACAGCUCAAUAUUGACCUGGGCAUUUGGCUCGGAGGAACAGGAGAACUGGACACCUCCUACCUCAGCACUGCCAUUCCCCCUUUCCGCGGCUGCAUGACUCAGGUCAAAUUUGAGUCCCACCAGUUUGAUAUUCUCAGCGCGGUGUUUAAACAAUGCCACGACACAAAGGAAACCUGCAGCAGUGAGUUUGAGGCUGGUGACGGGGAGGCGACUAGUUUCAGCACUCCUGAUUCCUUUGUGUCCUUCCCCACCUGGAGUGGGCCUAGUGGUGCUCCAAGGGUCUUAGAAGUCCUGAUGAAAACCACCAUUGAGGACGCGUUACUUGCUUUCCACCCUGGCCAAGAGACAGACUUCAUCGCUAUUGGUGUCGUGAAAGGCUUUCUCAAAGGUGUGGUGGACCUUGGCAGUGGCAUGGAGGUGCUAGAGAAUACCCAGGUGCAGCUGGAUGAUGAUCAGUGGCACAGAGUUAAGGUUCAAGUCAGUCAGGAUUCUUUUACCAUCAUGGUAGAUAGCCAGUCUUCCUCUCUCCCUCUUGACCCAUCUGAAAAAUUGGACUUGGUUGGAAACUUGUAUUUAGGAGGCAUCCAGGGGAAAAUGAAGGACGUGUUUCGCGACAGUGAGUCCUUGAGUCGUGCAGAGGAGGAAAUGACAGCCGAAUCCUUCAUUGGUUGUUUAGGAGAGAUCAAAGUAAAUCAGAAGGACAGAAGCCUGCAGGAUGCUUUGGUGACUAAAGAUGUCCAUGUUAAAUGUGAAGGAGAGGACUAUGACUACUCAACUUACUACGACACAGACGCAACAACUUCUCCACCCGUUCAAUUCCCAUAUGAUGAUGUAGACGUCAGUGAACAGCAUUGCUACCCAACAGAUGACACGCCAGAGAUUUUCAAAAAUGUAACAAAACUCCUCGAUGUUGCUCCAUUGCUUGUGCCCGAAGUUGGGGAAGCUCUUCUUGAUAUCAACAACAUGGACCCUACAUUUGACCUCAGUGCUGCAGGAAUACGUCAGUCUCAGAUCAUCUUUACCCUCCAGAAUGAUCCCUGGUAUGGCUUGGUUGAUAUAAACACCAGCACAAGGCGCACACGAAAGUUCACUCUUCUUGAUGUUGUCAAUAAGAAAAUCAAGUAUAUGCAUGAUGGAAAUGAAAGGCAUGCAGAUCAAAUCCAGCUGCAGGUGGUUGUACAAAGUGAUGACAAUCUUCCAGAAUGUUUAACGACUCCUCAGGAGUAUAUUGUCCCAGUAGAAAUCCUUCCCAUCAAUGACAUACCACAACUUGGUGGAGGAGAACUCACCAUCACAGAAAACGGCAGAACUCGUCUGAGUCCCAGCCUUAUUAAAAUCAUGGAUUCUGACAGUCGCUGCGAUGAUUUAGUAGUAACUGUAACCUUAGCACCUCCCAUGGCAGUUGGUUACUUCGAAAACGGUCAGCAGCCUGGAAGAAGCAUCUCAGAGUUCACUUGCAAGGAACUGAAAGAUGGAAAUAUCUAUUUCAUACACAGAGCGGGUAGUGCUUCUGGAAUUACCCUGGAGGUGUCAGAUGGACAGUCAGUCAGCCAUUCAACUUCUUUUAAGUUAGCUGUGACACAGCCUCAUAUGACUAUGGUCACCAACACUGGACUUCUCUUGUCUCAAGGAAGCAACGGAUCCAUAGGUGUUCAAAGCCUGGCUGUCAUCGCUCAUCCUCGUAAUGGAGAUGUUGUGUACAACGUCACGCAGCCUUUGAUGUAUGGAGAACUACAGAUAAUGACACCUAAUGGAAUGUACAAGCAGGUUACAACUUUCCAUCAAUCCGAUUUAGAUCAAGCCCGCCUUAGAUAUGUUAGCACAGACUCGGCUGACCAGGAAGAUGUUGUGAGCGAGAGGAUUCAGUUCGACGUCCACCUGGGGCAGUUCUCCCUCCACAACCAAAACUUCUUGGUCAAAAUCAUCCCUGCGCAAGUAAAAAUUUCUAACCUGGUCCCACUUGAGAUGGAGGCCGGUGAAGAGCAAACGAUCAGUGUAACAGAGCUUCAAGCCGAAGUAAAAGGGAAAAACCCAGAUCCACAAACUGUAAGAUACAUCCUCGUCAAGCCUCCAACACUCGGUAGUCUCAAGUUGUCAGACAGGGAGUUGGCUGAGGGGGACACCUUCACACAGAAGGACAUUUUGGACAGCACUGUUAGCUACAAAGUACGUGUGCAAAGAGCUGUGGAUAGUAUAGACCAGUUCCAGUUCAGGGUCCUUGCUGACGAUCAGUACUCCCCUCUGUACACCUUCCCAAUUACCAUCCUCGCAAAUGCAGACACUCCUGUUCUGACUAAUGAGAAGCUGGUUGUCUUGCAGGGUGGUGAGCAUGCUCUGAACAAAUACUAUCUUUGGAUGCACUCCCCAAGCUCUACAGAUUUUGUGUACAGGGUCACACAGGGGCCAAAGUACGGGCGACUGAUCAGGGACUCCCCACCUGGGCAGCCUAGAUUUGAGGGGGCAAUAAGAAUAUUCAGCAAUGAAGACCUCAAGUUUGAAAGGCUUAUUUACAAACACGAUGGCUCCAAGACGAGCAGUGAUGAGUUCCGCUUUUCAGCAUUUGAUCAAGGAGGAGAAAGUUCAGGCACUGAGGAAGCAGUGAGCGGAGUUUUCCAAAUAGCAAUCCAAUCUAAGAAUGAGCAUGCUCCUGUGAGGGUUGUGGAUAAAGUCUUCAAUGUAGUCCGCCAUGGUCAGCGUCUGCUUACAACUGAUGUCAUUCAGUUUAAGGAUGACGACUCCGGUUUCAAUGACACCCAAAUUGUCUACGCUCGUGAGGGAAUCCUCUCAGGCAACAUCGUCUCAACAGCUAAUCCCUCACAGGCCCUUUUCCGUUUCACACAAGCCGACCUGCGAGAUAAGAAAAUCCUCUUCAUCCACCACGGAGCGGACCGGGAGCGCUUCUCACUGCAGGUGUCAGAUGGCUUCCACAAGACCACCGCGCUGCUUGACAUCCAGGCAAGUGAGCCCUACCUGCGAGUCGUGAACAACACGAUCAUUGUCAUCGACCAUGGAAGCACCAAGACCCUCAACACCACCCUGCUGAGCGCUGACACCAACAUGGACAUCAGAGACGAUAGUGGGAUCAAGUUUCAGGUCACGUCGCCACCGAGCGAUGGCAGGAUUAUUGUCAGUGGGAUCGAGGCUUUAGAGUUCACCCAGGAGGAUCUGAAAAAAGGCGUUGUGUCAUAUGAGCAUAAUUAUGAGAGUCUGAGGUCCAAGGACUCCUUCAGCUUCACCGUCCAAGCAAGAGGACAUUCAGAAGAGGGAACGUUCAGGAUUAAGAUAUUCAAGCAAGGUUAUUACUCUGAGCCGGAGGUGAUCACCAAUGAGGUCAUCAUUUCCUAUGAGGGAGAGCACACCAUAAUCAACCAGGAUAAUCUCAAGGUGGACCAAGCUGAUAUUGUGCCUACAGAAAUGGUGUUCACCAUUAAAGCACCUCCUCGUCUCGGUCAUGUGGUCAAGCUGACAAACAGCUCGGACAGCACGGCCUCUCCUGUCCUCGACUACAUUCACUCCUUCACUCAAGAGGACAUUGAUCAGGGGCGCAUUCUCUACGUGUCUGCAUCCAUCCAGGGCAAUGACGCCUUCACAGUGGAUGUCAGUAAUGGUUUCACUACAGUGGAGGACCUGCACGUCUCUGUGAACAUCGUGCCCCGCCUCAUCCCCCUCCAGACCUUUAAUUUCACAGUGAAGGAAGGCCUCAGCAAGGCGAUUAACGCAGAGAUCGUUAACAUCACACAUCCCUUCUACAGCUCAGCAAACAUUGACUUUGUUGUGGAGGAGCCGCCGCAGCAUGGGGACCUCCGUUACCUAGAUGGAGACGAGGUCACCUACUUUACAUGGGAAGAGAUGAAACUUGGACACAUCUACUACAUGCAUGACAGCACCGAGAGCACAGAGGACAGUUUUACACUCUCUGCCUCGGCUUAUGAGAUUGAGCGCCGGAGCCUCCCUGUCACUAUCUCAGUGACUGUCAUACCAGUCAACGAUGAGCCGCCAAAACUGACACGUAACACGGGACUGGAGGUUCUUGCUGGAGAGGAAGCCGAUAUCACCUCCAGCAUGCUGAACACAGAGGACGCCGAUACCCCCGCAGAGGAACUGGUUUACCACGUUGAUGUGCCGUCCAAUGGGAUGGUGGCGUUGAAAGAGGCGCCCGAGGAGGGCAUCUCUAAUUUCACACAGGCUCACAUAAACAAAGGGGAGGUCAUCUUCAUUCAUGAGGGUGAGGAGUCCGGCGGUUUCAGUUUCACAGUGACAGACGGCGAGCACACAUCUCCCCUCUACCAAUUUGUUGUCACAGCGAGGCCUCUCACCAUCACCAUGGUAACGCAGGAGGAGCUCAUGGUAUUUCCAGGAACAAGGCAGUCUAUCACAAGUGCCAAUCUGGGGGCUGUAACCAGUGAGGAUGGAAACGAGAUAAGCUACUCUCUCGUCCGCCCACCUCGUUUGGGAAGACUCAUCCUGGCCAAUGACAUGAACCAGUAUGAGGAAAUUACCAGCUUCUCACAAACACAGGGGAGGAGGGGUGUGGGUGCCGAGGAGGGGCAGCAGGCGACACCGGGCACAAUCCUCGCCCCGUGA